AUGAAGUAUUCCAUCGGAACGCCGCCGUUUGAAACGUACGGGAUUGCGGAUACCGGCAGUGAUAUUACGUGGACCCAGUGCAAACCAUGCACAAGUUGCUUCGACCAAUCUCUGCCGUUGUUUGAUCCCAAGGACAGCAGCUCUUACGCAUUGGUGUCGUGUGAUUCCGACACGUGUAGCUCCUCACAGAGCUUCGGUUGUGGGACCGACGAUGAAUGCCAGUACGAGGUGACGUACGGCGACCAGUCGUCGACGGUCGGGGAUUUGGCUAUCGACACUCUCACCUUAGGUAACACGUCCUUCAAGAGCGUUUUGUUCGGUUGCGGCCACGAAAACUCCGGCACGUUCAGCUCCGACACCUCCGGCAUCGUCGGCCUCGGCGGCGACGGCGCCACCUCCAUCAUUUACCAGUUGGACAAGAAAAUCGGCGGCAAAUUCGCCUACUGCUUAUCCCCGGAUGCGAAUUCCACUAGCCACAUAAGUUUCGGCCCUGACGCCGUGGUUCGUGGCACUGGCGCCGUUUCCACGCCGUUAAUCAAAAAAGCCGAGCAGGCUACCUUUUACUGGCUCAACUUGGAACGCCUCUCCGUCGGCGGCAAAUCCUUAACGGUCAAAUCUCCGUCGGUUUCAAUCAGCGGCCGGCGAGCUGGAGGCAUCAAACAGGCUAGCGUUGAAGGCAAUAUCAUCAUUGACUCCGGAACGACACUUACUUAUCUCCCGUCGGAUUUAUACACGAGCUUCGAAUCUGCUGUUAAAGACGCAAUCUCCGCCACGCCGGUGAGUGAUUCAUCAGGCCUAUUCCCGUUGUGCUACUCAUCUGACAGUCUUGAGGUGCCGACAAUUAUUGCACAUUUCACCGGUGCCGACGUGGAGUUGUCGCCGAAAGGCACUUUCGUUGAAGUGGAAGAAGGAUUGGUCUGUUUGACCCUCAUCCCGAACACGAAUCUUGGUGCUGAUUUAGCCAUCUUCGGCAACCUGUCGGAGACAGACUACAUCGUCGCUUACGACUUGGUGGCCAAGACUGUUACCUUUAAACCUUCUGAUUGCUCUAAGUUUUAA